AUGGCGGCACCCGGCCGACGGCAGCGCAGGGGAGCGAAGGGGGAGCGAAGUGAAGAUCUGCAGUUUUCUGGGCCAGCUAAUGGAGCAGUAGGAGGAAGUGUGGUGUUCGCUCCUGGUAACCCGCCCUCCACAUCAACUGAUAUAAUUCAGUGGAAUUUUGGAACAACUGUUAUAUUGAUAGCACAGUCUGAUUCAACUGUAAUAGCCUCAGGAUACAGAGACAGAGUCAGUUUUGACAGAAACACUCUCGCUCUGGAGCUCCGGAACCUGAGACUGGAUGAUUCUGGAAUAUACAGACUGACUGUAAUAACUAGCGCUGGAGAUCCACUUACGGGAGAAACUUCACUACAAGUGUUCGAUUCUGCUCAUAACUUGGAACUGGGUUCUAACUAUAUUCAGUGCUUACUAAAUGUGAAAGAGUCAUUUUGUUCUUUGUCUCUCACUUACACAGAACAAAUAUCUAAUGUCAGGCUUAUUGCUCCAGAAGAAUCAUUAAUAGAGGGAGAAUCAUUUGCUAAAAUCAGCUCUGAGGGAACUGGCAGCAUCACUUCUGUGCAGUGGAUGAAAGAUAACAGUCCUCUGUCUCCUAGCAACAGCAUCAUUUUCUCAUCUGAUAACAGAUCAGUGUCCAUCAGUCCAGUGCAGAGAUCAGACAGUGGAGAGUAUCAGUGUAUGUAUAGAAACCCUGUCAGCUCUGAGAUGGCAAAACUCAGCCUGAUCAUCCACUAUGGACCAGACGAUGUUUCUAUUAAGGGUCUGGAUGUGGUGGAUUUAGGCGUUCGUGUAUCGCUCUCUUGUUCUGCAAAUUCUGAACCUUCUGCCUCAUUCAGCUGGAAGUUUAAUGGAGCAGACACUGAUGUGACCACAGACACAUUCACCAUAGAUCAGACUGACUUCACACACAGUGGAGAUUAUGAAUGCACAGCCUGGAAUAGUGUGACAAAGAGAAGCGUUUCACAAAAACAUGCUUUAAUGGUUAAAGCAAGUUUAGGGCCAGGAGGAAGCCCCUCAGAUAUGGACCCUGGCCCCCAGCAACUCCUGGAGGACCCAUUAGGUGCCACAACGUCCUGCACACGUAUCCCUCCCUCCUCUGCCUCGUCUGGCCCCGCCCCUUCCACACUCAUCCUCCAAUACAGACAGUGA